GGUGCUGCUGCAGUCGCUUCUAGCCCGCAAGAUCUAGCGCUGGCGGCAGUUUAUGGCCCCGACGGGAGGCGCGAUGUCCGCACCCGAAGCCUGGCUGCCUGCCUGAGCGCCGCGGCUGCCUCGGUCCCGCGCGUUCUCGCCCCUCCCGCCGAUCCUGCGGCUAUGACCGCGUAGCCUCCUCCUGGGCUGGGAUUUGCUUCAAAGUCUUCUUCAUGGAAGCGAUGUCCCCCCAGCAGGAGACUCUAGGGGGGCAGCCGGGGCGCUCCUCCUCCCUGACAGGAAUGUCUCGGAUCGCUGGAGGCCCCGGCACCAAAAAGAAAAUGAAAACGCUAGCAGAAAGGAGGAGGAGUGCACCCUCUCUUAUCUUGGAUAAAGCCCUACAAAAACGGCCUAGUACCAAGGAGAGUCCUUCUGCCAGCAUGGACACAUUUCUGUCAUCAUCUAUGUGCUCCAAUAGGACUCUGCUAAUUGAUGGCCGAGUGGAACUCAAAAGAGGCCUGCAAAGGCAGGAGCGGCACCUUUUCCUCUUCAAUGAUCUGUUUGUUGUGGCCAAAAGCAAAUAUAACAACAACUUUAAGAUAAAGAAUAAAAUAAAGUUAAGUGACAUGUGGACAGCCAGUUGUGUGGAUGAAGUGGGAGAAGGCAACACCGAUGCCAUGAGAUCCUUUGUUGUGGGUUGGCCCACGGUGAACUUUGUGGCCACCUUCAGUUCCCCAGAACAAAAGGACAAAUGGUUCUCUCUCCUUCAGAGAUACAUCAAUCUAGAGAAAGAGAAGGACUAUCCGAAGAGCAUUCCCCUCAAAAUCUUCGCCAAGGACAUUGGGAAUUGUGCCUAUUCUAAAACUAUAACAAUAACGAAUUCAGAUACAGCGAAUGAAGUUAUCAGCAUGUCUCUACCAAUGCUAGGGAUAACUGGCUCUGAGAGAGAUUACCAGUUAUGGGUCAAUUCUGGAAAAGAAGAGGCACCAUAUCCACUUAUUGGACAUGAAUAUCCCUAUGGAAUUAAAAUGAGCCAUCUUCGAGACACUGCACUCCUGACACAGGAAUCAAAGGACUCCACCAGCCCUUCUAACCUCCAGGAGCCCUUCCUCAUGGAGCAGCUGCCACGGGAGAUGCAAUGCCAGUUCACCCUGAAGCCCAGCCGCCUGGCUGCAGCCCGACAGCUGAGUGAUUCGGGUCAGAAGACAUUUAAAAGGCGAAGAUCUAUCAUAAAUUGGGCCUUUUGGCGGGGUUCUAGCACUCACCUGGAUAACUUGCCCAUGUCACCAACAUCUCCUAUGGCAGGACAGCUCUUUGGAGUGUCUCUGCCAAAUAUUUGUGAAAAUGACAAUCUGCCCAAACCUGUCUUGGAUAUGCUUUAUUUCCUUAACAUAAAUGGACCCCUCACAAAAGGAAUUUUCAGGCAAUCAGCCAAUAUGAAAUCUUGCAGAGAGCUGAAAGAGAAACUGAAUUCUGGAGUUGAAGUACAACUAGACUGUGAAUCUAUUUUUGUAAUAGCGUCUGUUUUAAAGGACUUUCUACGAAAUAUUCCUGGAAGUAUUUUCUCAUCAGAUCUCUAUGAUCACUGGGUCUGUGUAAUGGAUCAAGGAGAUGAUGAAGAGAAAAUAAAUACAAUUCAAAGGCUAUUAAACCAGCUUCCAAGCGCCAAUGUUGUUCUUCUAAGGUACCUUUUUGGGGUGUUAUACAACAUCGAGCAACAUUCCUCCUCCAAUCAGAUGACUGCAUUUAAUUUAGCAGUGUGCAUUGCUCCAAGCAUUCUUUGGCCUUCUACUUCCUCCAGCCCAGAACUAGAAAACGAAUUUACAAAAAAGGUCACUCUAGUGAUUCAGUUUCUGAUUGAAAAUUGCUGUAAAAUAUUUGGAGAAGAAAUCACUUCCCUCUUUGGAGAGGUUUCAAUGAGAUGUGAUACUAGAGAGCAUACCUCAGAUAUCUCUUGCUUACAAAUGACUGACUCCUCCUAUGACAGCUUGGAAAAUGAGCUGAAUGAGGAUGUUGAUGCUCCAUGUAGUGACCUGGUAAAGAACCUGGGUCAUGGGAGCAGAAGCAUGGACUCUGUCUUAACUCUUAGUGACUAUGACCUUGACCAGCCUGAUGUGGAAGGUCCUUUAACCCUCAGUGACUUUGACUUAGACCGUUCUAAAUCUGAAGACAUUCAAAUGGAACAGCCUCUGGAAUCCACACCGGUAACUGCUACAGUACUAUACAGAAAGGCCCCACUGCAGGACCAUGCUGGGGCCCCCUCUGGCAUGACGGCCUGCAGCUAUCUGUCUACAGCUACAGCAGAUGCUCCAAAGAGCUCAAGGCGACAUCGCCGCUGCUCGGAGCCCAGCAUCGACUAUCUAGAUUCAAAGCUUUCCUCUCUCAGGGAGUUUUACCAGAAAAAGCUACGCAAGUCCAGCUAUGAUGCAAUUCUCUCACAAAAAGAUGAGGACCAUCUAAAGCAGAAUCAACCCCUACAGGGAGAGGAUAAGAGGUAUUUUAAACAGAGUUUAGUUACAGGCACUGAUGUCAAGAAAAAUGCCACUAAUAAAAAUGCUAAGAAGAAAGACUUGUUUGAUAAUGAAGGAAAUCAUGUGAAGCUUCUCCCUAAAUCCAAGCCAGUGGCCAUUUCUGUGGCAUCUUACAGUCACACGUCCUCACAUAAUCAUCCCAGUAACCAGCCCUUUGAUGCAGAUACAUCCGGACACCCCUCACCACACACAACAGAUGCUCUCAAAAGUUCAAGGAGGCACCGGCGCUGCUCAGAGCCCAACAUUGAUGACCAGCACUCCAAACUGAGCUAUCUCAGGGGGAUUUUUUCAAAAAAACAAAAUAAAACUAGCUAUGAAGCCAGUCACUUGCAUGGAGAGGAGGAUUAUCUCAAACAGCACAAGUCUUUGCAAAUGGAGGGGCAAAAGCUUAUUAAUCAGAGUUUGGUCAUGGGGAUCGAAGUGGGCAAAAGUAGUGCCAUAAACCAAAACACUGAGAAGUUUUCACCCUCAACAUUAAACAUUUGCCCAAGGACUAGCUAUUCUAGCUUGUCCUCCCCAGGCACUUCCCCAUCUGGCUCAUCAGUGAGCUCCCAAGACAGUGCUUUUUCUCAGAUUUCAGAACAUUCCGUGUUUACACCCACUGAAACUUCCUCUCCAAUAGACUGCAAUUUUCAGGCUCAAAGAAAGCAGGAAGAACUUUCUUCUGACUUUUGCAGUUCCAGUCUCAUUUCUGGGCUGCCUGGUACCUCCUCAGAGCAGACCAGGAGCCGCCUGGCCUAUAUGAAAAAGGACACUGUAGAACGACAUUCACAAAUGCAUUCUGUAACUCUUCAUCCCAGCAUGUGGCUAAGAAAUGGUAUGGCCAGUUUGAAAAACUGGUCCCUCAAAAACAAAGCAAAGGCAACCAGAUCAGAGGAAAAGAAAAUGGCUUCUCUACAAGGACCCAAGGAGCCACCUCCACCUGCUUCUGGUGUUUCAGAAGCCAACUCACUGCAAGAGAAACAGAAGGACAUGCCCCUACGGGUAACAGAAGGACUUGGAGCUGUGCAGAAAGCCCAGCAGUAUAGCACUGAUCCCAGCCAAGUCUCAGAGAAACACAUUGGCUCUCCAUUCAGCCUAGUGGAAGACAGACUCAAGUUUUGUAUGAAGUCACAUGAGGAAGGAGAGAGGAGUGGGCAGUGCUCUCCUGGUUCUCUGCCUCAUGCGAGUUCCUCUCCCAGCUCUUUGGUUGUGGAUGAUGUGUCCAGCCCAGGGUUAGGGCCUACAGUAAUUGGUGAUGUUGGGGACAAACCAUCAACCAAGGACAUUUUACCACAGUGAGAGCAGAAACUGGGCUAAUAAUGACAUGAAGAUAAUAAUUAUUACCCUUUUUAUAAUAUACCUGGGAUAGGUAGCAUAAUUAUUGCUAAUACUUGGGACAACAAAAUCUCUUUAAUGAAACCAUUUGGCAAAAAGUUCAGACUGAAAAAACAAAUGUAUCACCUGUGUUUGUGAGGCAUUUUCUUAUUAGAGCAUGGGGUUGUUUGGUCCUGUCGUGUGAUUUUAGAGAUAACCAGCAGAGUUAGAGAAAGCAUCUUCUGUAUAGAAAACUUGCCUUAUGUAAAAUUAAUCUCUUGAGAAGGCAAGGGAAUCUUCACUUAUGUGAAGAAUGGGGAUGGUGGAGAAUGGGGAAGGGUACAGAGAAACCAUCCAUACUCCAUAGAAUGUCUUGAAUAAAUAGGCAAGAAAAAUGCCACUAAUCAAAGCAUUGGAAAGAAAGGAACACCUAGUAAUGAAGGAAAUCAUGUCAAACAUUUCCCUGAAUCCAAGCCAGUGGCCAUUUCUGUGACAUUUUAUAGUCACAUGCCCUCACAGGAUUAGUCCAGAAAACAGCCCACUGAUGUAGCUGACUGAAAAAAAAGUGGAAUGAUCCAAAAAUCAUGAGUAUCAUGAUAUCUUUUUUCUGUUUUUUUCUGUGUUGCUUGAUUCUUUUUUCUGUUAGUGUUUCAUUGCUUUGGAAAGGCUCCGGAAGACAGAGUUAUGAAGAGAAAGAAGGAAAUAUUGCUCAUCUCAUUGUCCUUCCCACAGGUACUUGUGCUGGGAACAUUCUCCCAAAAUGCAGCUUUUCUGUGAGAAAGUGACCUGAAAGCAUUCGUUACCUGAGUGUGGAGGAAGGCUGCAACAACAGUCCUUUUCUCUGUUACACGAAUGCUGUUGCCAACAUGUGAUCAAAGUCUGGCUCCUCUUUGCCGAAAUGUUUUUUCUGCAGCCCUGCCUCUUAGUGCACACAGCCAGAAAAAAUUACGGAUAAAUCAUCCUUUUUCUAAUUAUCAUUUGGCAGUAGAGAGAGAACAAUUUUAGGGGUUGCCAGGUUAUGAAGAGUUGCAGAAUAGAAUACCCACCAAAGUGGCUGUCAGGCCUUCUUAAUUACUGGCUUUGGAUUUUCUUACCUCUGGAAGUUUUUAUAUUUUUUUCCCAAAUGAUUCAUGGUUUACAGAUAGUGUAUACCCCAUUGGUUUAUUUUAUACCCAUGGAUAUUUCUCUUUUCUCUUGCCUUAAAGUUACACUAAUAUAUCUCCUGGAUUCUGUCCAUUGAUUAUUAUGCCUGGCAGCCUCUAUGAAGGGAUAGAGUCAAGAAAGGAUGUGCAUCUUCUUUCAUUUAAACUUGUUACUUAGAAGUUGCUUAGAACCCAUUGUGUCUCUUUAGUUCACCAUCAGAUGGAUCUUUCUCCCACAAACUAGCUUAUUCUGUAUUAUCUUUUUACCACCAGGAAACUUUCAUGUCAAAUAUUCUUUCCCUGUUGUCCUAAACAUUGCAUUUCUUCAGUUAUAGGGGGAGAAAUAUUUUCUAUAAGAUAUAAAAAGUCCUUUCAGUAUUAACUAUCAGUGCUACCUACCUCUAGGGUACAUGGCCCUGUUUGUCCUAAGCAUUAAAAUUAGCUUUUAGAACUCUGGGUCCAAAGAACUCCUUCAUGACACUGGCUAUCUCAGUCACAGAUGUGAAGUAGAUGUCACUUUCUAACUGACCACUCCUAUACUUAGACUCCUAAGUGUCCAUAUGCAUUUUUUGGUGGUAUAUAAAGGCAACAGGGAUGUCCCUUACCCUUAGGGCAAAACUACUGUCAGAACUGCAAGAUGUGAAUGAAACUUCCAGCUUAGAAUGUCUUUCUGGAAGAAAUUUCUUCUCUACUUAAAAAAAUAGUUCUAGCCUUUAUAUAUAUAUAUAUAUAUAUAUAAAUAGAAAAUCACCUACCCAAUUUGAAGCAUAGAAGAAAAUAGAUGUUGAAGCUCUUAAAUAACCAUUCCUACUCUGUGUUCCCUUAGAUAUUACUGUAUACUUAAUGUGAAUAGUUUGUUAAUAUUGCUGUAAAGUAUUAUAUGAUUUGAAGAACAUGUCAUUUUAUUAUACUCCGUCAAUCUAUAAUAUAUUAGA